CUUUAAUAAUUAGGAUUAAAAAGCAAACUGUAUUUUUAAAAAUAUUUUUUCGGCAAUUUCAAUCUGUUUUCCUGCUAAAUAAGCCUAAAGUCCCCUAUCGGAAGAUAAAGUAUUGAAAAGUAAACGAAAUUAAUCGUGCAGGUGGCGCUCCAUAUAGGAAAUUUUCCGGGAAAAUUCAACCGUAAGUUACGUGACGUGAUUCGAGUAAUGGUGCAAAUCGUGAUUAAAAGUAAGGAAACGGGAGACGUGGCCGAAUGGUCCAUUUUGGAGCUGCAAGGCGAUCUGGAAUGCACAAGUGAGCAAGAUCUUCGCAAUCAAUUUGUCGGCGAUCUUCAUUAUUCUAAAAAUGGUGUUCCAAUACUCAUCAUCGGUCACCAUAUUCUGUUCGGCAAGGUGUUGGAACUGCAGAAGCCCUUUGCAGUCCUGAGGAGGGAGAGAACCAAAACAUCCACGGAAUACGUAGUGACAGCAGUGAUCAGGAGAAAAAUAUUGUUCAGGACCCGACCAAAACCCAUUGUCUCCAAGAGACUCGAGGGAAUGCCCUCUACCAGCAUGUAGGAUUUUUCUGAAUUUUGGAACAAAUCAAA